AUGGUUUCUCUAGUCCUCUUAACUGCUCUUUUACAGUUAACCGUCCUCGCCUCUGCUACUCCCAAGCAGCACGACUAUACCGAUAAAUUAACCUCUAAGAAAUAUGUCAAUUCUUUGGAGUAUUCUCUCAGUGAUGAAAGAAAGUUCCGCGAGUUGUCUUAUAGAUGGACACACGCCUGGGAUCAGAAGGACAGAGCGACAUGGAUGGCUAUAACUGCCCCUGAAGUUAUUGCCAACUAUACCGACUAUCCAGCUGUCGGAACACUAACUAUCAGCAGCCCUGGAAAUAUUUUCGACCAUUCAUUUGACAAUACGGGCCUUGGUGAUAAGCGAUUGCACACCCAGCAUUUUCUCGGCUCAUCCCUCUUUACACAUAUUAGCAAGACCAAGGCAAAGGGAGACUGGCAGGUUCGAGCUCGCCAUGUCAGGGAAGUAAACGGUGAAGAGCAUCAAUGGGAUUCUAGUGCAUAUGUUGAAUUCACCUACGAACUCAUUAAUGAGAACUGGAAGAUUUCUGGACUACGUCCCCAUACAGUAGUGGCUACUACUGGACGACCUGAAGAGGUUAUUGGUUUAUUUCCCUAA